UUCGCGGGGCGAGGCCGCUCCCCGCUGGGAUGAGCGCGAUUUCGGUAACACCGAGACACCCCGGUCUGGGCCCCGAGCGCCCCGCCGUCCCUAGUGUCCUCCCCGCGAAUGCUUCUCAUCGAGGGCUCGGGGUGCCCGGCUAAGCCCUGUAUGAGGGGCACUGCCCUCGAGGCCGGGUUCUCGCCUCCGGGCACUUUGCAGGGCAGACGGCGUGGCCCGCUUUCUGCGGAGGACGGCGGCGAGCUUCCGACAGCGCAGGGCCGAGCGUCGGGGCAGGACUCGGUCGCCCGGGCUGGGAAGGAGGCUCCCGGCCGUUUCCCGCUCAGGCAGGGCGCACCCCCUCAGCCCCGGCGCACGACGUAGGCUGGGAGUGGGGGGCUCGCGGAUGGCGGGAUUCGCGCCCGGACCCUCGGAGUCGCCAGGCACACACGCGGCGCUCACCUGCGGCCCGGGAAACUGAGCUGCGUCUUCCCGCCGGCCCCGGCGCUGACUGAGGAAGUCUGGAAGGAGGGGGCGGGAAGGAGAGCUGCAGUCAGUGGCGCCCCCUCCUUCCCGCGCUGCGAGCGCCCAGACGACAGCUAGAUGACGGCCGGGAGCCCCGGAGACUGCGGGAAGGCGCGGAGGAGCCCCGAGGGCCGCGUCUCCCGCCUGGGCCGCCGCCUGGGCCGCCGCCGGCGCCCGCGCUCCCCGCCGGAGCCUCUGCGGGUGCGGGCGCGGCUGCGGCUGCGCUCGCCGUCGGGGGCGUUCGCGGCGCUGGGGGCGCUUGUGGUACUGGUGGGCAUGGGCAUCGCAGUGGCUGGCUACUGGCCGCAUCGCGUGGGAGCCCCAGGGCCCCGGGCCGCCAAUGCCAGUGCGCCUCCCGUCAGCGAGCUGCGACGCGAAGGGCGCGGUGCGGGCCGGGGCCAUGGCCCACACGAGCGGUUGCGGCUGCUGGGGCCGGUGAUCAUGGGCGUCGGCCUGUUUGUGUUCAUCUGCGCCAACACGCUUCUGUAUGAGAACCGAGACUUGGAGACGCGACUGCUCCGCCAGGGGGUGCUGCGCGCCCAGGCUCUGCGGCCCCCCGACGGCCCCGGCUGGGACUGCGCCCUCCUUCCCAGCCCUGGCCCCAGGACUCCCAGAGCCAUAGGCUGCGCAGAGCCGGAAAGUUGGGACCUGGCCCCGCGUCAGGGCACCUCACCCGUGCCGUCAGUUCGGAGUCUGCGUUCAGAGCCUGCUAAUCCUCGCUUGGGGUUACCUGCCCUGCUCAACAGCUACCCACUGAAGGACCCAGGGCUGGCCCCAUCCUGGGGUCCACGAAGCCAGACUGGUCACGUGAUCAUCGCAGUGCAGCCCUCUGGAUCCUACAUUGAACAUUCCAAGUCUCUGGACCUGGGCUUUGGGGAGCUCCUCCUGGGGUCCCCAGCGGCUCGGGACUGUGCUCACCGCAGCUGGCCACGACUGGACCGCCUCAGUCUGGGCGGGUAUGCCAAACUAAGGGGAGGGGGGGACUUGGGGUCCCAGGUCUGAGAAACAGGAGGGCAACCUAUGGGGCUGCACCAUGGGCCAUGGUAACAGGAACAGAGGACCCAAAGUCCUAAUGUCUGCGAGCUGCUUCAGUCACAUCCCUGGCUGGGAUGGAUGCUGUGAUCACAGCAGCUGCUAAGGCAUCCUGCCUUGCAUGUGGACAGAGAAGCCAGCUGCACUGGUGCGCCGUGAGCCAGAGAGGAAAUAUUGUAAUGUGGCGUGUGGAGAUCAGCAUGACUUGGCCCUAGGAAUUUCUUCAGCCUCCGUAUGUGGCCUUAGCCCUGAACAGGCACCUGAAGGCGCUGGAGGCCCAGGCCAGGGUGGCUGGAAGAUGAACUUGGUGCGUUGGCAAACCCAAAGUAAUGGGCAAAGUCCUCUUAAUACUUGGAGGAUAGGUUGGGAUGUUUCAGGCUGGGACAGGCUCUAUCCACGGUGGCUGGUUGAGGGCAUAUGGACCUCUGGGAAGAAAGAUGGGCAAUGGGGUGGAGUUGAGCCCCUCCUCUGCCAUCUAGGAUGGGGAGUGAGGCUUGAACUCCCACCAUCUCACACCCUUCCCUCAGCCCAGAGGGAUACAUCCCUCUAGGGCUGACUACUGCCAAUGCCUUCAUACCGAGUCUGGCCCCUCCCAGACAGGUCUGAGAGGUCUUCUAACUUCAUGAGGGCCUGGGCUGCAAAAUCUCCCUCCGGCUCUCAGAAACCCUUUCUACAGGGCUGGGGAAUUAGCUCAGUGGUUCCGCCGCCGCCUGCCUCGAAAGUGUAAGGACCUGAGUUCGAUCCCCGGUACCAAAAAAAAAAGAAACCCUUUCUACAACAGUGAAGCUGCGUUUUUGGCCAAUGUGGAUAGCUUACUUGAGAAAAUGGUUCAGUUUAGGUUUCCCCUACUCAGGGUUUAAAUUUCCCCAAGUUGCUGGAAGAAGACAAAUUUAAAAGUGAUUCAAUCCUCACAGACUCAGGUUUUUUUUUUAAGUUUAUUGGAAAAUGCAAUACAAGAAGCCAAGACCAAACACGUAUCUAAACACUACAACCACUUCUUACUACAAAAGGCCAAAACAGCAGACCUAAUUAUUGCCUAUUUAAUCUAAGGAUUUUGCCAAUUUGAUUCUGCUGCAAUAGUUCCUAUUUUGUCGAGAAAUGUAAACUACUUUGUAUGAUUCAUAAUUUUUAAAAAAUUUACAAAGCUCCUUCAUUUUUGCCAUCAAAAUAAUACAUUUGAGAGAUUUCUAAAAAUGAGCAGCCUGGGGCUGAGAUCCUGGGCAAAGAUUUCCUGUGAACACCAAGGGGUGCUGGUCAGGCCGUAGCUCUGACUCCCUUUCCCAGGGUGAUGGUGGGCUUUUCACACCCCCCCCCCACUGCUCUGUGUCCCCCAGAAUACAGGCCUGGGGGAGGUGUGGUGAAGGUGCCUGAUGGUCCCUGCAUUUAGGCUCCCUAAGCCCUUGGCUUAUGAAUGUAGGUCUUGCUUUGUGGGUGGGUGGCAGAGAUCUCAUGUGGUUUGAAGGAAAUUUUUAUUUCUAAAGUAAAAAUAAAAUUUGCAGUGAGAGUUGUUA